AUGGAGGCGCUGGAACAGAAUUUCAAGGCCGCUUACACACUUUUCAAACAGAACUGCGAGGAGCGGAAAUAUCCGAAAAGUUGUUUCAAAUAUGGAAUGUAUCUGUUAACCGGAAAAUCGUUGACACGGAUCAAAAGAUUACUACCAUACCCUUAUUUAGAGUGCACACCAGAUCUGACGAAAAUGAUCGAGCCAAUGCAGAUUGCCUGUGAUGGGAAUCUGAAACAAGGAUGCAGGGCGUGCGAAUUAGAGGACGGUGAAGCUUGUUGGUUACUCAGCACAUGGUACAUGGGCAACAAGGAGAAAUUUCGUACAGGACCUAAAGGCGAAGUUAAGCCACUAGACCGGACUUCGCUGGGAUCGCUUGAUCGAGACAUGUACAAAGCAUUGGAAUAUGGUAUCAAGGCGUGUGAGCUGGAAGUUCCUCAAAGUUGUGCCAACGUAGCGCGGAUGUAUAAGCUAGGAGACGGCGUGGAAAAAAAUGUGGACGAGGCGAAGAAAUAUGUGGACAAAGCUCAAGAAAUUGUGGAAGCACUGAAGAGCAGGGAAAACGUUCCCGGUUUCACUGGAUAA